AGCCCGGUGCACCUCUUUUCCUUUCAUUCUAAUCAUUUAACCGCACUUCAACUCCUCCACUCCUUUUCCAUUCAUACAUACGUCUUCCUCCCCACCAAUGGGUCUCAUCGAUAAACUCAAAGCUCACAUAGAAGUCUGGAAGAUUGAAAAAUACACGAAGCGUAGAGACGUCAAUACCCCUGACUUUGAGCGCAAAGAUGCCGAGUAUUAUCGAGACCACUAUCAGAAUGGUGUUUAUCUUCAACAAGGUCCCGACGCCAAUAGUCGCUCUAACUCUACCAUAGGCAGACGCUCUACUCUUAUUCGCAAGAAAAGCGAGAGAAUCGUCCGAUGCUCCGAAGUGUACAAUACCACACAAUAAAACAUAUUCCCUCUUCUUUAUUUUUCAUUUAUUACACAUAUG